GAGAAAACUCUAUCUAUAAUCUGUGGAGAACGUUUAAUACUCAUCCUAAUGUUGCGGGUAUUUGUGGUGAAAUAGUUGCUAUGACGAGUUGGUCCAAAUUACUAAAUCCGAUUGUGGGUGCUCAAUACUUUGAAUAUAAAAUGUCAAAUAUUUUGGAUAAACCACUUGAAUCCGUUUUUGGUUACAUUACCGUUUUACCUGGUGCUUUUUCUGCUUAUCGAUAUAUCGCUCUCCAAAAUAAUAUAGUUGAUGGAAAGCCUGAAGGUCCCCUUGUCUCUUAUUUCAUGGGUGAAAAAGAUGAUAAUGACGAAAGUAAAAAAGAUGAUAAUGGUGAAAUAAAGAAUGAAGAAAUUAUCAAUAAUAAAAAAUCUACCAAUACUAAUAACAUCUUCACAGCCAAUAUGUAUCUUGCCGAAGAUCGUAUUCUUACUUUUGAAUUGGUCACAAAACGUGAUUCGAAAUGGUUGUUACAUUAUAUUAAAUCUUCUCAAGCUGAAACGGACAUACCAAAAAGUAUAGAUAAAUUAAUUUCCCAACGUAGACGUUGGUUAAAUGGUUCCCUUUUUGCAAGUCUUUACGCUGUUUCUCAUUUUUAUUAUAUUUGGAGAAGGGAUUCUUUUUCCUCUCCAACGGAUCCAACUGGGAUUAAAUCAAUUAGUGAAGAGAUUAAUGAAAAGAUAUUCGUUAUUUUUAUUUGGGUUUACGUUGCGCUGAUCUGUGCACAGUUCAUUUUUGCCAUGGGCAAUAAACCUAAAAGUUCUAAAUAUGCUUACAUAAUUUCAUUGAUGUUUUUUGGUUUAAUUAUGGUUUAUACAUUAUUAGCUGGGCUUUGGCUUACCAUUAAGGGUAUCCUAGAUAACGAUCCUAACAUUAAUUCAGUUCUUUAUGAUGAACAUUUUAGAAACAUCGUUCUGGCUUUACUUUCUACAUACGGAUUAUAUUUAAUUGGAAGUUUAUUGAUGUUUGAUGCAUUGCAUAUGUUUACUUGUAUCAUUCAGUAUACUUUAUUAGUACCAUUUUAUGUAAACAUUCUAAACGUUUAUGCUUUCUGCAAUAUUCAUGAUGUAAGUUGGGGGAACAGAGAAGCGGAUGAUGAUAAUGAAUUGAAACAAGUAACUACACAUGGAAAUGACUCCUUACAAUUCACUCCCAUAGAUACUGCUGACGGAUAUGAAAAAGCCAAGAAUGCUUUAGGUCACCGUAAAGAAAAUAAAGUUAGAAAUAUGAAUAUAUUAACCGAGGAAGAAUAUAGGAAAAGAUUUCGAAUUUACUUUGUGCUUUUAUGGAUUUUAACAAAUGCAGUAUUAGCAACCAUUGUCUUAGGCAUUAAUCAAUAUUUACCUAAAACUACUACAACAAUCAAUGCUUAUGUACCUAAAACUACUACAACAAUCAAUGCUUAUGUAAUAUUUAUUCUUUGGUCUAUUGCCGGAUUAGCAUUAUUUAGAUUUCUUGGUAGUUUGGUUUAUUUUCUCCUUGAAUUGCCAAAAACAUUAAGAUCUUUAAUUUCGAGGAGAAGGGCUCCUAGGACUUCUGCAAACAACGUAUAA